AUGAAGUCGUGGUUCAUCCUGCUGCUGCUGCUCAGCUCCACACUGACUGGCGAGGCGCUGAAGUGUCACACCUGUGUGGCGACCAAUCAGGAGGAGUGUAAUCGGCAGGGAUCGAGUGUGUGUCCUGCUAAUUCAGACGCCUGUGCCACCAUCACAGGACCCAACUCGGUGAUGAAGUCGUGCUCGUUCAGGACGUUCUGUGAUAAAUCCCACCUGAGUAACGGAGGGGUGAAGCUGGAGUGCUGCUUCAGCGACGAGUGUAACGGGCCGCACCGCGCCCACAGUCACGGGAACGGAGGACAGGGGAACGGUGCCGUGGCUCCGGGGUCCAGUUUCAACCUGCUGCUGGGAGCACUGGUCAUCAGAGUCGCCGCCAGUGUCAUAUAA